AUGAACUUCAUUAGCCCAGCCUUAACUAUGCGUCGAGGUGCCAGCCCCGGCAAAAAGGAGAUGGAUUCGGGUGCGAGCACUCGAAAGAGUACUCUGGACUCCAACAAUUCGAAAUCAGAAAAUGCCAUAGAUAGUGACGUACCUGGGGAGGAGCAAGGUGAGCUGGACCUGUCCUCUGCUCUGGGUGUGUACGAACUGAACCAACAAAACAUUCAACGGCAGCUCUCAGAGGCUAGCACCAAACGAUUGGCCGAGAAACGGAAUAGGUGGGCUG